UGAUGUGCGCAGUGCGCAGAGGAUGUGCGCAGACCUUUCGACGACCUCCGGCUUUUUCCGGCUCCACGGUCCAGAGGUGUCUUCAGUCCACUCAGCCUGUCCCCGCCGCCCGGCUGCCGUACCGAACAAAGCUGUCUGCUGGGAAAAAAUAUGCCUGGUGUGCAUGCGGUCACAGCAAGAAACAGCCUUUCUGUGACGGAGCUCACGUGGCCAAAGCCCCGGGCAUUUCGCCGGUCCGUUUCACGCCCGAAAAAGACAAGACGGUCCUGCUCUGUGCCUGCAAACAGACCCGAAACAGCCCGUACUGCGACGGCACGCACCUGAAGGUCAUCUACAGGGACGUGGUGAAGUCCAUCAGAGGUCUGUUUAAAUGAGCUCAUCGUGGCACCGUCAAGCUGAGGAAAUCAGUUAAUCUGCUGCUGUUUGUUGACCAUCGCUUUUGUUUCACACGUUAUAACAAAUAUUCUUGUAUAAAUCCAUUA